CAGUGAGCCUCUGUCUUGUUUCUAUCUACCCUUUGGCCACAUCUGCGUAAAUGGAGUAGUCGCCUUGAGCAACAGAGCAGAGGAGUGAGACGUAUUCUCUAUCAAUAAGCCUACAGAGCCAUACAGACAUAUACUGUAGCUAGAGAACAGCUGGUUAUGGGGAAUUGCCCCGUCAAAGUUCGAUCCAGUAUGCCAACCCUUGAGAAUCCAACUGAACCUGCAAUGUCAGACAAUAACAGGCCCAUGGUGGUGUCCCUUUAUGACUUCCCCUCCCAAGAUCCCUUGGAAUCCAGCAUCCGCAUGGGGGAGAGGCUCACUGUGUUAUCAGAUGAUGGGGAUUUUUGGAUGGUGCGAUCCACAACAACAGGCAAUGAGAGUUACAUCCCCAGCCACUACACUGCCAAAGUAAUAAACAGGUGGCAGUAUAAUGGCAUCAGCAGGUUAAAUGCAGAAGAGCUGCUGUUGAUGCCACACAAUUACACAGGGGCUUUCCUGAUACGACAGAGUCAGACAAACACAGACACCUAUUCGCUCUCGGUCCUUGGGAGGACCGACUCCUCGUACAUGGGCACAGUGAAACACUACCGCAUCCGUCGCCUCCAAAACGGCUGGUUCUACAUCUCCCCCAGCCUCACAUUCUACACCCUGGGCCAAUUGGUGGAACACUACUCUGAGUCAGCAGAUGGGUUGUGCUGUUUACUGAGGGAGCCUUGCAUCAUCCAAGGCUCAAACAAUACUACUAUGACUAGACCGUACCCCAAAGCUAUCAGGAGGCCCACCCUCAACUGGAAGGACGUAGACAGCUCAUUGAUCUUCAGUAAGGGCAGAGUGGAUUCAGAGGACUCUCUGGUGAGCAAGGGGCUGAGGGAGGCCAUGAGCUCAUACCUCUACAUGACAGAGGCCAGCUGUCAGGACUGUGGCAAACACUGGGAUACCUGAUGAGAGGGAAGACUGAGAGUAAAAUAAUAAUACAUAAUACUGUCUGGUCUGCCGCUGCCCCGGCCCAACGGUACUAGGCCAGAAAGGGUGACCUAAACAAAAGCAUAGAGGAAGUUAAAAAGAAGUAAGCCUACCAUUUACAACCACAAUGAAAAAAUGAAAACUACAAGCACAAUUCAUGUCUUGAUGGUAAAAUGUGGGUUUGGGUUCAGGUAGCCACAAGGAGCUGUGUUACUUGGCACUUCUAAUGCUACUGGUUCUUGUUCUCAAGAGCCCAUUUCACAAGGUGAAACCUAUAAUUUAUAUAUAUAUAUAUAUACUUCUGGGGAGUGACAAUAUGGCCGACCAGUUGCUUUAAAGGCUCUUAUUGGCCAAUACAUAGUAUCAGCAAUCCAGAGUUUAUAUACAUUGGAUGGAACUCAAGAGGUCUUAUGAUGUGAGGAGGAGCACUUCCUUUCAGCUCAUGGAAGGUUUCAUACUGCUUGUCCACACAGAAACACCUAUGUAUUGGUCUAUUUUGAACCAAAGAAGGAAGAUCACUGAAAUACAAUAAUGUUGUAUCUGGACUAAAGGGAGAACCCAUUUGUAGUUUCAUAUGCAAUCUGUUUGUAUGAAUGAAUUGCCAUGUCUGAGUAAAGGACGUCACGCUGCUUGCGUAACAAGAAUCGAUUCCUCCUGUUUCGGCCCAUACCUGGCGCGAACUCGGGACUUCUGCCUUGCUAGCACACGUGACCACCCUCCUGAAGCAUCUUUCCACUCGACGCCAUGCGAAAACUAGCUAGCGCAAAUGAAGACACUUAAGGCUGAGGAGUACAUCUCACACAUCCCCGUAUAACUUGAAACUAACUCAGACGUUUUUAACAGAAUGUGGGUGAUAAUGAGUAAUAAAUAAAUAGUUCUGAGUGAC